ACUCAUAAAAGUCAAAUACUCGCAUUAAUCUCUCUUUCUCUGCGAUUUACACUUCAAAUACAGUACGUAUAUACUAUUAAUAAAUUAUUUUCAUAUACUAUGUAAAUAUCGACCCUUCAUGUGCUUAAAAACAUUUAAUCCUCUAUUGGUCGAUCUGAAACACAGAUAUGCAGACUACUUCAUGAUUUUCAGUGAUUCAGAGCUCCGUAGGUUUUGCGAAUUGUUGGAGUGCUGUCUGUGAUGAGUAGACAUUUGAGAUUGUGAUAGAGGGAGUGUUGAAGGAGAGUGAAGAUGAGUGACGGCCAGCGGUUUCACCUAGGAACUGUUGGGGCAUUGAGUCUGUCUGUGGUUUCGUCGGUAUCGAUCGUGAUUUGCAACAAGGCGCUAAUUAGCACACUUGGUUUUACUUUUGCAACAACUCUGACAAGCUGGCAUCUUCUGGUCACAUUUUGUUCCCUUCAUGUGGCACUAUGGAUGAAACUGUUUGAGCACAAGCCUUUUGAUCCAAGAGCUGUAAUGGGCUUUGGCAUACUAAAUGGAACCUCCAUUGGACUUCUGAACCUUAGCUUGGGUUUUAAUUCUGUUGGUUUCUACCAGAUGACAAAACUUGCAAUCAUCCCAUGUACGGUUCUAUUGGAGACUCUUUUCUUUAGGAAGAAAUUCAGUCAGAAUGUCCAGCUUUCACUUCUUGUCCUCCUCUUGGGUGUUGGAAUUGCAACUGUGACUGAUUUGCAGCUCAAUGUCGUGGGUUCUGUCAUAUCUCUGCUUGCAAUUGUUACAACUUGUGUUGCCCAAAUUAUGACCAAUACCAUCCAGAAGAAGUUCAAGGUUUCUUCUACCCAACUUCUGUAUCAGUCUUGCCCCUAUCAGGCAAUCACUUUGUUCGUCACCGGCCCAUUUGUAGACGGUCUUUUGACAAAUCUGAAUGUUUUUGCUUUCAAAUAUACCCCGAAAGUACUGGCCUUCAUUGUUCUAUCCUGCUUGAUAUCAGUGUCCGUAAACUUCAGUACCUUUCUGGUGAUUGGCAAGACAUCUCCAGUGACUUACCAGGUCCUGGGACAUCUGAAAACUUGCCUAGUUUUGGCCUUUGGCUACGUUCUACUUCGCGACCCAUUUAGCUGGCGAAACAUUUUAGGAAUCCUGAUUGCUGUAGUUGGGAUGGUUCUCUAUUCUUAUUCUUGCAGUCUCGAAAGCCAGCAAAAGGCCAGUGAAGCAUCACUACAAUUGUCUCAGGCGAAGGAAAGUGAAUCCGAUCCUCUAAUAAGUACGGAAAAGGGACCUAGCAUUUUAACUGAUGGUGGUGUCCCACCUCCUGCAUGGAAGUCGAACAAGGACCUGAUUGCAUGAAGAUUCCUCAAGUCUUUAUCUAUUCAUUUACCCUAGUAAAAAAUUAGCGGACAAGGUUGUUCCAGCGAUGAAGAUGUCGCUGCAAGGGUCUCCAUUUACUUCAUGGUAUAGGUUUGGGCUUUUUUGAGGAGAUCAUAACUUAUAUUACAAGAGUUUUGAUGUAUUUUAAAGGAAAUGUUAUGUAGUGUUCUAACCUAUUAAAAAAAAAAAAAAAUUUAUGUAGUGUUCUGGCUAUUGGCUUUGUAAGAGGUUAGGUUUUCUAGUGGAAUGCACAUUGCCAAUGGGUGGUGGUGUUCCUGAAUACAGAAGAUGAGUCGCUAAUCCCUCUUUA